AAGGAAUUAGGACAUCGGGGAGUAACCGUGGAAAUCUCACGGCUAAAGUGAUGGAUGUGCUGUUUACUUUUAUGCUUAGCUUUCAAUCACGUCCGCGCGUAUCCUUUCUGAGAAUCUGUAUUUAGUGCUUGUAAGCAAAGAGCCGAUCUGACGUCAGGCUCGCAUAGCAGCAGACUGGUCCCUAAACACCCGCCCACAUUCACCCAAAACACAAAGCAGCCCCUUCUCUCCAUCUAAAAGCGACUGGUCUUCGAGUCUUCGAGAAGCUGAAGCGAAGCUCAUGCACCUCAAGCAAACUGGAAAUCUAACGCAGUUGACUGCAGUCGUGCUGCUGUCGGACCAUGGAGCACUUCCAUUACACAGACGUCGUCGGGCAGAUUUGAAAGGCAUCGGCCGAGAUGCACCGUGGCUGCUGUUACCAAGCGCCGAUCUAUAGUGAUACCGGCCGGGUUUUAUCAUGGUUUUCAGACGGUCAGCUCGGAGAAUGCGGUGGCUUGGGUGUUAUCGGUUGGGGCCCCUGUGGAAAGCACUCCUGGUAUUUGCUGUCAUCGCUUUUGCGGGACAACUUCUGGGAGUCAUCUUCAACAAGAGCUGGAUGCAGCCAGAGAGACCUCACUCCCUCUACGCUCUUCCCUCUGAUAAUUCCCAAGGGGACUCUCUGGGGUCUUGCCAGCCCCACACCCACAUCAUGUUCCUGAAGACUCACAAGACAGCCAGCAGCACCGUUCUUAAUUUGCUCUAUCGCUUUGGAGAGGAGCGGGGCCUUAAAUUUGCCCUGCCCAUGGGGUACCAAUUUGGCUACCCAAUGUCCUUUAACGCCCAGAGGGUGAAAGGAUACAGAGGCCCUCGUGUGGCAGAAUUUGACAUUAUGGGAAAUCAUAUGCGGUUCAACAAACCAGAGGUUGAGAAGGUCAUGCCAGCUGACACCUUUUAUUUCUCCAUCCUUCGAGACCCUGUGGCGCUAGCUGAAUCCUCCUAUGCCUACUAUAAAAAUGUUGCCCCUGCCUUCAGGCGUGCCAAAGGACUGGGUGAUUUUGCAGACAACCCUUAUAAGUACUAUGACCCCAGACUCCGAAACAACCAUUAUGCCCGCAACCUGAUGUGGUUUGAUUUUGGUCUGGAUCAUACCUCCAACUUCAGCCUCGCGCUGGUCAAGCGCGGUGUGGCAGCAGUGCGUCGGAACUUCAAGCUCAUCCUUAUCUCAGAGUACUUCGACCAAUCUAUGGUGCUGCUCCGUCACGCUCUUUGCUGGCCACUAGAUGCUGUGGUUUCUUUUAGCCUGAACGCCAGGCAGCACAUUCCCACCGGAAGAUCAGGAUGGGUGGGCAAGGCUGCAGCUCCAGCUCCUUUGGCAUUAACAGACAAGCAAAGAUCGAAAUUACGUGAAUGGAAUGCACUAGACUGGCACCUUUACCAAGCUUUUAAUCUCACUUUCUGGCAGGACGUAGAGCGCUUCGGGCGUAGUCGGAUGGAGUCUGAGGUGGCUCUGCUUAGGACCAAACGGGAGGUUCUCACUCGCAUCUGCCUGCGUGAUGGCGGCCGCCCCAUAGAGGCCAGUCGCAUCCGGGACAAGACCAUCCGCCCUUUCCAGAGUGGAUUAGUGAAGAUCUUGGGUUACGAGUUGCGGUCGGGACUAGACAACGCCACGUGGGAAGCUUGCCUACGCAUGAUCAGGCCUGAGAUCCAAUACAAAGACUUACUGGAUCUUCGGCAGUUCCCUCGAGCCCAACAACCCCCAGCCGCUGGAGGGCUUCCAGUAAAGAGGGAACCCGCAAUACUCAGGACUGAAGACCGUGGGGGAAAGAGGUUGGUGGAGAAGGACUGGGAUGGGACCAUUCUGUUUCGGAAUCAAUCAUUAGAGCAGGUUGAUUCAAAAGUAAGACUUAGAUAGUGAGCUAGUUGCACCUUUUUGCCUCAAGGUCAGUAGUUCUGACCCAUUUUGGCUCCACGGGCCUCUGUGCUGCACUACUAUAGGAGAAGGGAUAUCCAAGACAUGCAACACAUGACUUUGUUAUUGACUCUUCCUUCCUCCAUCUUGCCCUUCUACACUCUAUUUUAUACAACACAAGGUUUCAGAGUGAAGAAGAGGUUGCAUUGGCUGGAGUGAUACAAUGGUACUAACAUGCCAGAUGGUGGCUAAAUGCACAAACUCAUGUGAGUUUGAUAUUGGGUAGAAGUGAGAAAAUGCUGCUUCCCUGUCCAUGACGAGCCAUGGUAUGAUACAAAAAACUUAGCACUGCAUGUUAUGUAAGUGGUUGCAGUGUAUCAAACAAACUGCUAAAAGCCCACUUUAAAAUAGGUAAAGUAUCUUUGGUAUGUUAGCGUUCAAAAGUUUGGGGUCAAUAAGAUUCGUUUUGAAAGAGCUAAAUUUCAUUCAGCAGGGAUGCAUUAAAUAAAUAAGAAGUAACAGUAAAGACAUUCAUUAUGAUAUUCUAUUUCAAAUAAAUUAUGUUCUUUUGAACUCAAAUAAUCUUGAAAAAAUGAAUUUGAAAACUGGAGUAAUAACUACUGAAGCUCAGCAUUGCCAUUGCAGGAAUAAAUUACAUUCUAAAAUAUAUUACAAUAGAAAACAGUUAUAUUACAUUGUAAUAAUAUUUCACAUAACUGUUUUUACUGUAUUUUUGAUCAAAUAAAUGCAUCCUUUGUGAAAAACAAGACAUGAAUAAAGUAUUGCCAAUCCCAAACUUCUAAAUGGUCGUGCUGGUGUACAUCCAGUGUCACUACCAAAAAUUUAGGCUUGUGCAUCCAAUGAAAUAACAGUUUGAUAUUGCAAAUGCAUUUGAAUUUGAUUAUAGUACUAACACACGAUGGAUAUCCAUUUGCUGCAUGAUGAAAUUCCACAAAAGUGCAAUCACAGACCCUUUAUAUCCAUUUAUAUGGGUAAUUGUUCAAUAGGAAUCUUGACAGUGUUUUUUUUAAAGAGGAAUUCAUUGCAAACUUUUGAUUUCUAUGCCACACACAUUUUUAGUGACACAUUAUAAGCUAAUACGACUCCCAUGGUUCUGUAAGAACAACAUCUCCAGUUUUUAACACUGUGAAAUAAUAUGACCAUUCAUAAAGGGCAAAAUGGGCUGUAGAUUUGUAUUUACCAACCUCAAGUGAUUGGCCAUUGCACUUCCUACAACAGUCUGUUUACUUCUUGAUGUUUGCUAGAGGUUGAUAUUUUAGCUUUUUAUUUUGAUGUUUUGAAUAAACAUCAAAUCUAAAAAAAAAAAAAAAAAAUCAAUAGAUGGUGAAUGUUCAUUGGCAUGGUAAAUGCUGUAAUUUCUGAGGCCUGUCAUAGACUUUUAAUGAUCAGAACUCCACCUGAAAUUCCAAAACUCAAUGGUUAUUUUGCCUUACAGUUAGUACCUUUGUGAAGCAGUGCUUUACUAUCAAAGCUUGCUGUAUUUAUUAUGCUUUUGUAUAAAUUUCUCUGUGUAUCUUCUGCAUUUAUACUCUCAGACUAAAAUGUUUUUUCCUCUUAUUGUGAGUGCUGAGAAAACGUAGUGUAGAAAUUUGACUGGAAUGCACUGUGCAAAUUUCCCCAUGUAUGAACAGCCAGCUUUUUGUAUGCAGAUUUCAAUGCACAGAGCAAGAUGACAUCUAACAUUACCAAUGAAUUUAUUUCCUCUGUUCUAAGGCAGACGGUAUUGAAAUGAAGAAAACACUAGUAUGGUCACUGUUGCGUGCCUAUUCAUGUGCAUCUUUUAUUGUAUAGUUAGGAUUUAUAUGCAUGGCUAUAGUUAGCAAUCAUUUCCUUGUGGUAUUGAUAAACAACUGCAUAAUUUGACUUGCAUUUUUAAUACCCCAUUCCAUUCUAGUUUGGAUUGUACUAUUGCCAGUUAAUUAACAGUCUUUAUCUUUCACUUUUUCUAUUCACAGUAGCUUCUGUGUUUGCCGCUCACAUGAAUUAGUUAUUGAUGGGGCUAAAAUCAGAAAAACAGUUAUUCAGAUUUUAAACAACAACUAUGAAAUUUUGCUUUCAGUGAACAUGAAGUAAUAUAUCAUGUAUUAUAUUUUACAAAAAAGACAUAAUUUGAAAGUCAAUGAUCCAAGACAAUGAUCCAUUUUGAUCAUACCUUUUUCUCUUUAUAAACUGUGUUGUUGGCGGAUUAAAAAGAAAACAAUAAUGCUAUUACUGUGAAUCGUGUUUGAAGAAAUUCACAGUGAAUUGAAUUUAAGCAUUGAUUUCCUGUGAAGCUUGAGAUAUAUAGCUUUUACAUUCGUUCAUCUCAUUUUAGAGAAAGCUCUAAUGAGUCUGGCAAUAUUGUGCUGUAAUACCUGCAUGUCAUACAAAUCAGUUGGUUCAGUGUCUUCAUGACUGCUUAGGUAGAUUAACUGUGGUACUGCAAUUUAAAGAUAAACCAAAGAGGUACUAAUGUUUCUGUGCUUGGAAUCUUGAUAUAUCAAAAAUUGGCACAGUUUUUCAUUACAUUCGUUGACCAGAAAAUUAAUUCAGAAGGAAUGCAAAUGUGCAAACGCAGGAAAAGAAAUGGGUAGUAGUUUAAUUAAAAAUGUGCUCUCCAAAUGAGAAAAAUGCCAUUUGCAAGUCAGUAUCAGUCAGUUUUAUUUCAGCUGGAUAAGUAAACUCCUUCACAUUCGUUCUCUUCUGCACUUUUAAGACUAUAAUGCGAUUCACGUGAUGUUUCUGUGUUUUUUUUUCAAACCUGUUUACCAUAUUUAUUAUUUUUCUCUGUUACUUGAAUAUAUAGGGAAACCUCUGUAGAUAUUUGCGUGUCAUGAACCUGAUUUUGGUUUACUUGUAUGUAGUAAAAUAAAACUUUUAC